UUUUAGUGAGAAAAAAUGCCGGUUUCACUGCGGGAAUGUGGAUUCUAUGUGUACACACCGAAGCGAUUGAAAGCAGACGACAAAAAAGAAAUUUACCAGAAUGAUUCCCCUUGUCAACCCAGCGCCAUCUAUAUUUUCAACAUGGCGUCCACCGGUAAAUUGGUUGCUAUUGUGGCUCUCUGCAUCCUCCCAGUCAUCGUGAGAAGUGAUAUGUGUUUGGUCCCACAAGUUACAUCGCAGACCUACACGACACCAGAAACAACAGUGUCAACAGAGACUGUUUUCAUUAUAGAAUUUUCUGUCACAUGCAAGAAUGGUUUGAAAAAUAUGAACCUGUAUGCAGAGUUUGCAGGCAAAACUGUGCCAGCUAGCAAAAGUGGUGAGCCUAACAAAUACCAGGUGAGUCUCUCAGAUGAACAUAAGAAGCUUCCUUCUGGAACCUACCAGCUACGCGUAUUUGAUGAAGAAGGUUAUGCCUGGUUGAGAAAGGCCCAAAGAAGUGGUGAAAACACUGAAAACAUCAAGCCACUUUUCACCUUGGAAAUCAGUCAUGCAGGUGUUUGGAAUGGUCCACUGCUGCAAAGUGAAUUUGUUGCUGCUAUGACUGCUAUUUUUGUGUGGUGGUCUGCAUAUACUGCAAGAAGCCGACUUCAACAGUAGCAACCUUUUCCCCACUUUUUUUUUUUUUUUUUUUUUCACUUGAACAGCUUUUUGUUUUGGGAGGAUGUGAGUGGUAGCAUCAAUGUCUUUUGUUCACACUUGUGCAUCAUUCUACGCAGAAUGUUAGUAACAAAACCCUCAAUGUUAGAAAUAUUCAAGACUUUGUAAGACCUUGAAAUGUGAAACUUUUUGGAAUGGUGUGCAUAUCUUGAUCCAUCUGUUGUGUGCAUGCAUUUAAAUAUAAGAGAGAAAAUGGUGUGAAUUAAUUCAGGUCUGAUGCUUGUGUCAACAUUUAAGGCAGCAGAUUAAACGUUUUUGUCAGUAAAAAA